AUGGCGGAAGGAAGUACAAUCGCUAGUGAUUAUUCAUCCUUCACUGGGACUUUUACAGCUUCGGAGCCUUCCUUCUCUUCCCUACAACAAAAGGAACGAAUAAAGUAUUGGAAUCAGCAACAUUUAGACAAACUUAAGAACGAAGCAGCGGGAGGAGACACGUCACAACAACCAUCGGAUCCACCUGAAUCAAGCAGCAAUGGGGACUUUCGAUCUGGAAACAGUGGUAGUAACGACUUGGCAUCGGUCUUAUCCCAAGCACGAUCGGGCUUGAAAUCAACUACAACGAGUCAAGCAAGUUCCAAGCCACCAUCAUCUUUUGGAGUAGGAUCGUCAAAACCACCACCACCACCAUCAUCCUUGACACAACCACCUCAGCCAAAUCCUCAGACGUUGUCUUCAUUACCACCGACGCAAACGAUUGAGCCUCCUCAACCAGUAGACGAAGAAGCGCCAGCUAAUGUGCCAGCUGAAACAGCACCAGCCCAACCAAUAAUCCAAACACUUCAGACGUUUGCCGAGACCAAAACCGAAGAAAAGGAAGAAGGUGAACCCUCGCAGCAAAUAUCGGAACAACCUAUACAACAACAUCAGCAACCGCAAGAAAAACAAAUAUAUACGGGCCCGCUUCCACAUCAGGAUGACAAUGAAUCGACCUGGCUGAAUCAAGCUGAUGACUACUUCCGAUCCAAAUAUCAGUAUCACAAGAAAGAAGAAGAAUCCAAGUCCAUUGGGGACGAAGAGUCGACCGUGACCAGUCAAUUUUCUUGGUUGCUACCUGGGUAUUCCUUUCGAGAUCAGGCUCCCAAGGGUGUGCAGCUAUUCUACAAAAUGCCACCACAACCACAAGACCCACCAACCGGUAGUACUAGUAGUGACUCGUCUCGAGCCCCUUGGAAUAUUGACCCACUAGCGACCCUGCAAGCACAAAAGAAAAGUCAGAGCAAGAAAAAGAAAAAGUCCAAGGUACCGCCCGUACUGCAGUCAGAACCAUUAUCAGCAUUUGAUUCGUGGGUACCUUCACCGUAUCUAGAAAAGCCAGAACCCACCAAUCGAGAACCAGCCCGGAUUCAAAAACGAAUGCCACUGGAAGAAGAACGUUGGGUUUUGCCCAAGGAAGACUUGGAAGAGCAACGACGGCAAAGGGAAGAAAGGGAACGGUUGAAGCAAGAAGAGGAGAUGAAGGAGGAGCAAGCCCUAUUUCAAAAGCAGGAAGCCGAGAUACAACGGCAAGAACAGAUGAGGCAACAAGAAUUACAGAUGCAACAACAACAGCAAUUGGAGCAGCAGCAACAAGAGCUGAUACAACGUCAACAAGUGACGGAGGAAGAAUUUGUAGAAGAGGAAGAAUUUGUAGAAGAGGAAGAGUUUGUAGAGGAGGAGGAAGUCGUCGAGGAGGAAGAAGUUGCAGAAGAGGAGGAUGAUGAUGAGGAGGAGGAUGCAAUCGAGGAGGAGGUGAUAGAAGAAGAGUUUGUAGACGAAGACACUAUGGAUGAGGAUGUCAGUACCUUUCCAGACGAAUCGAUCAGUGAUGUGGAAUACAGCAGCCGACGAUUCCAGGCAACCUUUCCUCACCAACAAUCACAACAGCAGCCACCAGUGACAAAUCCGCAACAGCUGCCGUGGAAUCAACCUGUGCCUUUGCCUAUGUCAACACAAGCACCGGUACUACAAGCACCACCGUCUGCAAUGAAGGGACCAAACAGUCCAAGGAGUAGAAACAGUCAAAGCAGUAGGUACAGCCGAAAGCGAGUUUCGGACUCUUCGAGGAAUUCUACUGGAAAUGAGCUUUCUCGUUCUCAACAUUCCAGGAUGGGGAGGCUACUACGCAAACAAGAAAAUGUUUCCAAUAGCAACCCAGUAUCGGCAUCGCAUAGGUCUAGAAACAUUCCAGCAACGGCGUCAAAAAGUAGGACAGGAAACAUUUUCAAUAGCAAUCCAAAGAAACAAGAGCGACGAGCCAGCACCAUGAUACCUUCCAAGGCAUCAUCUCCAUCUCGAAUCGGCUCGCGAUCGAUUGGUAGCAGUGAUCUGUUCGACGAUGAGUCCACGCGGUCUUCGUCUGAUGACGACUCAUCGGCUUACUAUGAUCGAACGAAAUCAUGGGACGGGUAUCCUUCCAGUGAAAGCGAGAAUGAGACAGACAUGUCGAGUAGCCAGAGAAAAGUAAGAAAUCGCCGCCUCCGUCGCCAAAGCCAAAUUAUGGAACAAUCGACCCGCUCGGAUGCCAGGCGAAGGGGAACUAAAGCAGAUUUCCUGAGACAGCAAUCUACAGCUGCUUAUUCCGGUGGUAGAAGAGUGCCGAUUAAGAGUGUUGCGCAGCCUGGAUACGAAGAAGACCCUUCUAGUCUUUCGUUUGGCAGAAAGCCGCCACAAGAGGACCAGAAGGAACGACGAGCACCAGGAGUUGCCUUUAGUGAGUCGGAUUCCGUUUCUUCGUCAUCACUUCCAUCAUCCGUGUCAUCAAUGCCAUCCUCUGAGGAAUCAUUCAUCAGCAGCUCAUCCAAGAAUAGUGAUGUCUUUGCCGAUGAAUACCCAGAUAUCAUGGGAGGCGCGAAAGAUGAGGAGAGCAACAGAAGCGAAUCGAGCAACAGCAGCAGCAGCAGCGAAGAAGAUAGCAGUCUGGAUACAGCAGAGCGAAGGCAGCGGCUCAAGGACAAAAAAUACGACGAUGUUUUGAACGUCGGAUGGACUCCUUCCAGUAGUUGUAUCGGCAUGCUUGUACUAAUCAAUUGUGGAAUGAUGGCAUGGGGCAUAUACGGAAUUCUAUGGUUGAUUCGAAGGGACGAGGAGACUGUGAUUGCGGCUCCUACCAGUGCUCCAGAAGGUAUAACGGAGGCUGCUGCUAGCUUUGGUAUCUUGGAAGGACACCACAAUAUUUUCAAUAAUACUCAUUAG